UUGUUGGAAAUGUAUGCGGGGAACCCCCAACAGCGGUAUGACGUAUGUCCCAUUAUGACGUUGCUUGUUCUAUGCAUUGUCUUUUUCGCGGCGAUGACGAAAAGUGGGAUUUUGUUCGAAGCUUCGAUCGGAAUCGCCGUCGUCGCGUUUUUAAUGGUCGUUUAUGCCGUCAUCAAUCGAAUCAUUGCCAGAGAUAAUGACGUAAUAGAAUUGACAAACGUGACGUCAUCAAGUGGUUCCGCUAUGGGAAGUGAACCACGUGACCAAGAGGACAAACCACCUGAUUAUGACGUUAUAUACCCAACGCCGCCACCUUACGACCAAGUUUGAAAUAAAUUUCGCGAAAUCUGGAGAGUGGAUUAUGACGUCACAUCCUCUUUGUUAAUCCGCGCGCAACGAUUGUGACGUCGAUUGAUUUGUGACGUAACAAUCGU